AUAAGAAUCAUUUAUAAGCACCUAUUGGGGUGCUUUCACAGUUGCUGUAUCCAGGCUGGAUAGUUGCAUUCUUUUUUAAAUUCAGCUUACGGUAGCCGAAAGCAACCUUGAUACUAGCACAGGCAUAUAUACCAGAGUUAGAUUAUUGCAAUGGAUGCUGCCGGGCGCCCUUCGACGGGACAGGUGAUCCUCCUGGCGACCAGUUCAGCUGUCACCGCAAUUCUGUAUGCCAUUUACAGGCAAAAGUCAAAAAUAGUUCACAGCCUGAAGGGAGCGAAAAAAGUCACCUUAGACCAGGAUUUGAAGACUAUCCUUAUGGAAGCGCCUGGGAAGUGUGUCCCUUAUGCAGUAAUAGAAGGUGUAGUGCGGUCUAUUAAGGAAACCCUCAACAGUCAGUUUGUGGAAAACUGCAAGGGAGUGAUUCAGAGGCUAACACUGCAGGAGCACAAGAUAGUGUGGAACCGAACCACGCACCUCUGGAGCGACUAUGAGAAGAUCAUUCACCAGAGGACCAACACGACAGCCUUUGAUAUGGUGCCCCAGGAGGGAGGAGCCGAUGUCGCCGUGAGGGUUUUGAAACCCCUGGACGCUGCCGAGCUCAGCUUGGAGACAGUGUACGAGAAGUUCCACCCGUCCGUCCAGUCCUUCACGGAUGUGAUUGGCCACUACAUCAGCGGGGAGCGCCCCAAAGGCAUCAAGGAGACCGAAGAGAUGCUGAAGGUGGGGGCGGCGCUUACCGGGGUGGGCGAGCUGGUCUUGGACAACAACACCAUCAGGCUGCAGCCCCCCAAGCAGGGAAUGCGCUAUUACCUCAGCAGCCUAGAUUUUGAGGCCUUGCUCCAGAAGGAAGAAUCGAGCGUCCGUCUCUGGAAGGUCCUGACUCUCCUUUUCGGCUUUGCCACGUGCGCCGUGCUCUUCUUCGUCCUGCACAAGCAGUACUGCCAUCACCGGGAGAAGCAGCGCCUGCGUCAGGUGCAGGAGAUGAUCGCAGCGGGCGGGGACACGCUGAAUGCAUGCGUCGUCUGCUUGAGCAAUGCCCGCUCCUGUGUGUUCCUCGAGUGCGGGCACGUCUGCUCGUGCGACAAGUGCUACCAGGCUCUGCCGCAGCCUCCCCGCUGCCCCAUUUGUAGGCAAGAGAUCGCAAGAGUCGUGCCUUUGUACAACAGCUGAAUUGGUGGCGCCGUCUCUUUCGGCGACCUCCCCGUCGGUCUUUCUCGUCAAGGAACGCUCUUCUGGGUUUUGCUGCAUCAUAGAGGCGUGCGGGGUGUGGGUUUGGUGGUUGUGACCCUUUGCACAGACAGUUGGAGAACCAAGCCAUGUUGCGUAGAGCUGCAAACAAAGAUUCAGAGCUUUUAACAAUUGCUGUGAUUUGGGAAGUAGACUAUUCAACACUGCUUGGGUGGAUUUUUUUUUUUUUUGCCAAAAUGAAGGUUCUCAACUGACAAUUCACAUGUAAACCAUGGAAAAUUCUGUUUUCUCCAACCUGGUGCCCCGCGGAUAUUUUGGACUACAGCUACCACCAGCCCUUGGGUUGUAACCUAAACCACCUGGAGGGCACCAGGUUGGAUAAGGCUGCUUGAACUAAUCCCUGUAUUUUCUUUCUCCUGUGUGAGAAUUAACAGGAUCAUGUUUCUAAACUGGUAUGCUUUUUCUGAGUUGUUUAUCACGAGUGCUGUGUGUGUGUGUUCUUCCUCCGAAAAAUUUACCAAUCCCAAUUCUCUCCUGAGAAGCUCCAAAUUCAGUGCUCAGAAUAAAUUAAGUUUGCACUGCUUUGGUUUAAAUUUUG